AUGAUAUUCAUCUUAUGUUUAUUCGCAUUUUGUGAAAUCGUCGAUGCUUAUGUCGAUCAUAAUGUAAACACGUUCAUUGAAAAGUUUACUCUUACGAUAUCGGUCAUAGCAGUGUGUAUUAAAGUUAUAAAUCUCACUUUGCGUCGGGAAAGUAUUAUUUCGUUGAUCAAUAUGCUUCUGAAAGAUGAUUGUGUACCACGGAAUUCGGGGGAACAAAAGAUAAAGGAGAAAUUCGACGAGAACGCUAAGAAGAUCACGAUUUAUUGCGAAUUUUUAAACGAGGCAACAGUAGUCUUCGCCAUAAUAUCACAGAUCGUAGACGCCGUAAAAGAACGUAUCCUGCCAUUUGCCAAUUGGACUCCUUACGAUCAUUCCUCGGACAUUAUGUUUUGGAUCUCUUUGAUUCAUCAGUCCGUAGCUCUUUUGGUGUGUGCAAACGCAAGUGUUGCUCAUGAGACCAUCAUUUCCGGAUUGAUGUUACAAAUUUGUGCACAAUUGGAGAUACUUGGUCAUCGUGUAAAAAUGUUGCCGAUCUUACUGGAAAUGGCAAGAAAGAAUUGCGAUUAUAUCGUUAAUUGGACGAGAGAGGAGAAAAGGAUCAUUCGUGAAUUAAUCGAGUAUCAUCUUUACAUAUACAGUUUUGCGACUAAAGUCAACAAGGUUUUUACUACGAUGAUCAUGCUACAGUUCUCUAUAAGUUCGAUUGUACUCUGUUUGACCGUUUAUAGGAUGUCCAAGACAGAAAUCACUAGCUUUGAAUUUUUAUGGGCAGUUUUUUAUCUUGCCUCUAUGUUCAUGCAAAUCUUUCUCUAUUGUUGGUUCGGCAACGAAGUGAUAUUAAAGGUCGAUAGCAAGCAAAUCGGAGAGGUGUUUUAUGAAAUGGAUUGGACAUCAUUAAGAACUGACAUUAUCAAAAUUCUUCCUAUCAUAAUGUCUCGAACAACAAAACCUAUUGAAAUGAGAAGUGGCUAUGUGAUAGUAUUGUCAGCUCAAUCGUUUACAAGUAUAUUGAAUACAUCAUACACAGCUUACAACGUUUUGCAAAAAUCCUCAUAAUAAUUGAAAAAGUUCAGUUAGAGCAAUCAACGUUAGUAAAGGCAAAAGUAUCGAUAUU